GCUUCUGCCGGAAAUCAGUGUUUUUAAUUCCGGCUUGAUGCUGUUUAGUUCUUGUUCGGCUUUAGCUUGAACUUCAUGUGCAUUAACUCCUCCUGUCCGCUGAGUCUCAAUGGAUCAUGAGACGAAGGAGAAGACAUGUACAUGAAAGUUAACUCGAGUUCUAGAGAAACGGCCAUUAAAAGUCGUCGCGAGCUCGAAUCUAGCUAGAAAGUACUUCUAAGCUCGCGUGCCAGCCGUUUGUUGCUGGGAGCCGACGGUUGAGACGACGGCGGAGCUCUGAGAAGCGUUAAUAAUAAACUGGUUUUAGUAGUACUUUAUUUAUUUCGCCAUAAUGCUCAAGAUUUGCCUACAGAGAGUCCUCCGACCGGUUGGACAGAAGUUACCGUCGGGAUUGAGGCAACCGCCACCAUCAACGGCUGCGGUGAUAUUCCCGGGGCUGCCGGGAAAUGGGCGACAGAUGGGAACACACGGCGCGAGGAACGAGCCGAGAGAGCCGCUGAACUCUCCGAUGAGAGCCAAAGACUUUAUUUACCACCUCCAGCCGACGGAGAGGACGUGUCUACUGCACGAGCUGCAGAGUUUCGAGUCCAUAGCCAUUGUUCAAGAGACUCUGGAGCCUUCGCCGCUGACUUCAGACCAGAUCCGAUACAUCUUGUUCCACAACGCCGUCCCCUUCGUUGGCUUCGGGUUCCUGGAUAAUGCCAUCAUGAUCGCAGCAGGAACUCAGAUUGAACUCUCUAUCGGAGUCACUCUGGGGAUCUCCACCAUGGCCGCGGCGGCGUGGGGGAACCUGGUGUCAGACUUGGCUGGUCUCGGUCUUGCAGGUUAUGUGGAGGCUCUGGCGUCUAAACUGGGGAUGCAGGGUCCGGACCUGACGGCCAAACAGGUGGACAUGUGGCAGACCAGAGUCAGCUCUCACAUGGGCAAAGCCAUCGGAGUCACCAUCGGCUGUAUUCUGGGGAUGUUCCCGCUGUUUUUCCUGGAUGACGAGAAGGAGAAGAAGGAGAAGGAGAGAGAAGCACAACUCUGCAGCGACGCUCCGUCACAGUCUUCCUAACGAGCCACACGAACACUGAUGUCAACGUAAAGAAGUAUUUAUACGGUGUGUCUGCGUCUCAGGCAGCGUUCACACGUUCUUCAGCCUCCAAGCCCUCUGAAGCUGUUUGUUAUAAACCAGUGAUGUUCACGAGCUCCGGCUCUCUGGUUUCUCUCACCGUCUGCAUCGAGAGCGAGCCAUCUGUUUAUUCAAUAUGUCCUCUUUAAAGGCGGCUCGUCUUAGAUCAUCCAUUGUUUGAUAUUAAUCCCGUUUUCCUCCCAUAAACCCGACGGUUCCGACGUUCCCGCUGUGGUUCGGUCACCUUUUCUUACGCAACAAUUUCUGUCACUUUCCCUCCAAGCAGCCGAGUGCGACACUAACGACGUCUUCCAGGAGAAACGUAUUUAUUUAAUCUCCGUACCUUUAACUAUGAAUCUGUGUCUGUUUGUUGUUCACUCGUCCGAUCUUCUUCACACUCGCUGGGUGUUUUUGCUCGGCUGCUUUGAUGAAUUUGGUGCAGUUUGGACACGAGGUAUUCAAUAUUAAUACACUUUGAAUACAUUAGCGAACAGUUCUCUGCGUUAACGUCACAGCCAAACUCUUCUCCACUCCCCCGCACAACCGUUCUACUCUAAAAUCAGCAUCGUCUUUUCAAUCCUCUAGUCUUCAGUAACGUGACGUUCAGCUGAGGCUCCCUCAAAGAGAACGAGACGCUUUAAUCCUGUUUCCAUCUCUUCUUCUGACAGAACUAAUGUGUUUCUGUGAACGCUGCCUGAGAAGAGCUCUCCUGUCUCAUCACCGUCAGACGACAGCUGUGCUUCAGGAUUCAUAUGCUAGAAUCCACACACACACACACACACACACACACACACACAGGGGAUGUGAAUCCAGAAUGUCCCGUCCUGACGGUAGAAACACAAACGGCACAAAGUAGAAAACUAGACGUCUCGUCCUGUAAGUUAUUUAAAGAACAUGAAACGUGUUUAUGUUUCCUCAGCAGACACUUUAUACGUUUGGAGACUUCUUCUCUAAAAACACUAUUCUGUUUCUCGUAACUCGAGCUGAGCAGACUUUCCAGUUGUCGGUUAGUUUCUUUUUUAACUUUUACCAAAACAAAUUAUGAAGAACAUGAAUCAUGUCCACUGCUACCUCUGAGGGAACGUGAUGCGGCGCUAUAAUCAGACUUUUUAUUGUUUUUUAUAAUAUGCUGGAGAAUGUUCUGUACGGGUGGAUGCACUACUUUAACACUGGAGUUCUAUUUCCUGUCUUUUCUGCGUCUGUCUGCACCAUCUUGUUCUUUCUCUCCUCUCACGGUCUCCUGGGUCCCGCCAUCUGUGCAAUUAGUCUUUUACGGUUUUUCUUCUUCACACUUGAAGCUCCAGAUGGUUUGGAUUCUCGCUUCAGGUUGUUUUCAGAGACUCGAGCUCCUUCUUUGUCUCUCACACUCCAACUUUCAGCACGAAUUCAAAGUGCUUUUUGUCACUUUGGUGAAACCAGUUGAUCCUUUUCCUCCCGUUCACUGUUGGAGGCUAAAAUCUAAAUUCUCUGCUUCCUGUGUACGAGUGUCCGAAUGUUAAGGCUGCAACAAGCGAUUAUGAUCGACUUUGUCAAAUUUUUUUUAAUUUUUUUUUCUGAUUAAUGGAUCAAUCUUACAUUCUUUAAGACGUCAUAAGAAAUGUCAGCCAGCCCAGAUGAACUCUUAAAAAGUCCUCGUUUCUUUUUUCACAAAUAUAGCCUCAAACACAAAGAUGCUCGACUUCUAAAGUAGUAAAGCUUCACGUUUUAGAAUCUGGAGAAUGUUUAUUUAAACGUCUCAGCACAGACUUCUUUAUGUAACACUCAAAAAUACCCACAAUGCAACAAACAAGGAAGGGUUUUGCUGCUAACAAAGCACUGCGUCACAUUUGAUGGCACUGAAGGCAUGUUUGAUGCGUUAUUGGUUAAUACGUGAGAACAUGUUUCAUGCGUCGCCUCUUUAAGACAGAAUGAUGAGUCUGCCGUUAAUUAGCCCACAAAUGUAAAGAAUAAACUAAAGUUAACUAGAGAGUUAACAAGUGUCUGUUAUGAAGGAAGUAGUGGACGAGGGAACGAAGGAGUGACUUUCAGAAGCAGCCACUGGAUCACACAAGCAAAUCCACUUUCAUCUCCUACAAACCUCCUAAAAGUUAAAAAAUUGCCAAAACUUUAAAAUAUUGUAAUCACGAUUGUAAUAAUUAUUGAGCUGUUAUUGAACAGAUUGUGAUGGUUGUUACGACGACGGGAAAUGUUCGUCUUUAGAGGGAUGAGGGACGAACCUCUGAAACGUUUAAUCAAUGUUUUAAGUGUUUGGACUCGACUGCAGAAGAUAUUUAAGUUUAACUGUAAACUGGAAGUUUUGUCUCGUUGGAAGAUACAUUUACUGCGGAGGACGAGGAGCAAUGCAUUCUGUGGUUAAUCAGAAGCAACUCAUUAAUAAGUAAUAAUAAAUGUUGUUUCAGGAUGCUGUUUUUGUAACAUCUCAUGUUUAUAUCACGUUGUAUUUUUGUUUUCCAGCAUGUGGUGAUCAGAUUUUAUGUUUUUAUUUGACCUCUUCUCUUCAUAUUUUGCAGAAUUUAAUUCUCUGAAGUAGAAAUAAAAAUAGAAGAGAAGAGAGUUUGAAGCCUUUGAACAAUAAUAUAUAUCUAGAAUUUAAAGGAAUGCUGUGCUGCCAUCUUGUGGACAGUCUGGAACAUGACGUCUGUGUAUGGAAGGAUUGAUCAUGUACAAUGUAAAGUAACAUAAUAAAUGUGGGAGUGUUUCCCUCUGGCUCCGCAGGUGAAGAUGAA